GUACGCAAGGUGGUCUCGCAUCUGAUUGUGGCCGUGCUUCUACAGGAGGCCUUCCAUCGACGCGUGUUUGCCAUUGAAUUCACUCGACACUUCGACAGCAUCUGUCAGGCCUACGUAUACGACGAUCACCUGGAUGCUGACAGCCUCUUCUCUCUCACCUGCCAAUUCUACACCGUUACCAGUUUGUUGACAUUCGAGUUCUUUGUUGGGAGUAUCGUGAACUGGUCUCUAUCGGCGGCCAUUCUCAUGUCUUCUAGCUGUUAG